AUGGGUCGCCUCCACCAGGACGAUCCCCCCGCCUCAUCCUCUCUCUCUCUCCACACUCUCGACGAAGCGCCGCCUCCAUACACCGACGAUCCAGAGCCUAGCGACCUUAUCCAACAUGACCGACCAUUCCCAUCUGUUCAACCUGUUCAGGCUGCCAAACCCCCCGCCAGCAUUCGACCCCUCCGCAUAAUCGACUCAGCCUACAUUCUUCCCGGCGGCACGGAAAUCAAACCCCACGACAAAGUCGCAAUCACUCUCACACCACUGCUCUCAACCGACCCCGAAGGACUCUACGAAGCAAUCCGCAGGCAAAUCAAGCUUCCCCCUCGACCAUUGCUCAGGAUCCACGGUUCACACACCGAAACAAGCCAUGGCGACAAGGACAAGAAAAGCAACAGCGUUACGGACUUCGAUUUCAAGCUGGAUCUGGCAGAGACGAUGCUGACUGGCUGGGAAGGUGGUCCUCAGGUUAUCAACUGGAUGGAAGUGGAGAUCCACACAGACGAGGACCUCAAAAAGGCAUACAGGGGAGGAAUCCUCCGCUCACGCGCGUACAAGGCCCCCAAAUCGCGUGGUGUAAGCCUCGACGAAAGUAGUGACGCCCUUAUCACUCACGACGAUGAUGAUGAGCUGGGUAACGAGAUCACUGGACCACAAGCACUGAAAUUGUGGUGUGAGCGGUUCUGCGCCGACCCGGCACCUGUGAAAUCAUUCACACUACACCGCAAACUCGCCGGCUUCGACUCCAACGCCAUGCGUAACCUCCUCUCCUCCCAUAUUCGCGAACUAAACUACCGCGGCACAAUCCACAUCAAACUCUCCAUCGCCCACCAAUCCGUCACAAUCUACUCCCCGCACUGGAUCAACCGACUGCGCACCAAUCGCUUCGUCUGGUGGGCCGUCGUGCUCCUCCAGCUCUGGAUCAUCACAUGGCCGAUUAUCUUCUUUAUGGAGAAACGGUAUGAAAUCGCCCACACGCGCUGGAACGCCUCCUUGAUACCCGAGACCAACUCUGCGCUCGACAAAUGCUACGCGUUUGGUCGCGACGAGUCCACCCUGGCGGAGUACUGGGCUCCGGCUGUCAAGCAGGCGGCGUGGACGAGACGACGGGGCGAUUGUGAACUUUUGACACGCUUGGAUGCGGAUCGUUUGCAGGGGUAUACUACUCAGCAGGUCAUUGGUGCCAGGAAUGAAGAGUCUGCUGCUGAGCUGGAGCGUCGGCAGAGGGUUAAUAGUGGCCAGGCUGGGUUUGUGGAUAAUGUGGUUGGUCUGGUGAGAGGUGUUAGUGAGGUUGGACAGGAUUGGAGGUUUUCUUCGGGAUGGGGUGCUAAUUCUUAG